AUGGAAGCAAUAUACGCCAUCGGGUCCAACGGAUCCGGCCAACUCGGCAUCAGCCACAAAGAAGACGUCUCCGUACCAAAGCCCGUCCUCUUCCACCCCGAGCAGCCCAGCUCUCGCAUCGUCAAAGUCGCUGCUGGCGGGAAUCACACUCUUCUUCUCACGGAGUCUGGAAAGCUGUACUGGAGUGGAGAAUCAGCCAGUGGAGCAUGUGGACUGCGGCCGUUCCCAAAUAUCCCCGUGUUCCUGGAAGCUCGACUCGCAAAGGAGGAGAGUGACGAUCAAGUUGGACAAGUUGCUCUUGUUGCGGCUACGUGGGAGGCUUCUAUCGUUGUUUCUAAGGAUGAACAAGGAAAGAGAACCAAAGUGUUCAGCCUCGGCAUAGGGCAGAAGGGAGAGCUGGGCCUGGGAGAGUUGAUUGUACGGACACCGUCGGCAACGAGGAUCAAAAACUUCCCCCCAGCCGACACAGAGAUUGUGGACUUGUCUGCCGGCAUGGGACAUGUCGUUGUUGUAUUGGACAACAGCGAAGUUUACGGCUGGGGCAACUGCCGCAAGUCUCAGAUUGGCGAGCCCAGCGCAGUAGUCUUCACGCCCCGGAAGAUUGAGGGAGUAAACUUCAAGGUGGUCAGAGCGGUUUGUGCAAAAGAAUCUACAUGUCUUUUUGGAGAACCAGACAGCGGGAACCUUCAAGUCUUGGGCUCAGAUAAAUGGAGUCUAAUUUCGACAGCCCCUUCAGCAGCCCCGGCUUGGAAAGAUGUCGGAGCUAGCUGGGGCAACUUUUACAUCCUAGGCCAAGAUGGAAGCCUGACGGCUUGGGGACGAGACGACCAUGGCCAGCUCCCCCCAUCAAAUCUGCCCCCUCUCGAAAAGGUGGCCGUUGGCAGUGAACAUGUUGUCGCUCUCACAGCAGACGGCGACGUCUUGUCAUGGGGCUGGGGAGAACAUGGCAACUGCGGACCACAGGUGGAGAAUAACGACGUCAAAGGAAGAUGGAACGUGAUUGCAUCGUCAAAGCUCAUCCCCCCUGAAAGUAGGAUAGAUAACAUAGGUGCCGGCUGUGCCACUAGCUGGAUAUCCAUCACGUCCAGCUGA